AUGAGGAGAUCGCCUCGGGGCUCAAGCUCCAGCGCCAGCAGCCUCCAGUACGAUCUCUACAGCUACAAUGCGAGCAACGCCAGGGCAUUGCUGACAUGCUACACGAAGGCGAAGCCAAGGCCCUCCAAGUGGGACGACGCGCACAAGUGGCUGUCCAGGGCGCCCGAAGGCGACCAUGGCCGCCGCCGGAGCUCUGGCGCCGACAACCGGCUUCUGCUUCCGUCGGCGUCGCAGAAGGGGGUCAGCAGGCCCUCCUGGACCUGGAGCAACGCGGACGCGGUACUGGCUGCCGAUGCCGGCGCGCUGGCCGAGGGGGAGACCAAGAGGGUCGUGGACUCCGUGCGGGUGUCGGAGCGGCAGAGAUGCGUGUCGCUGUCCCUCAGGGACGUCGGCACCGAGAUGACACCGGCCGGGAGCAAGGAGCCGUCCAGGACGAACACGCCCCGCGCCGCUCCGUCGGCCGCGGCCCGGCGGUCCCAUGUCCGAGUCCCGGCCGCUUCGCCGAGAAAACGUGACGGCGGCGCGGUGGAUCCCAGUGCGCCCCGUGAGAGCGCCGAGUGGCGCGAUCCGGCGGCGGGUGCGAGGUGGACGGCCGUGUCGCCCGCCACGGCGUGGGACGAGGCGGAGCGAGCCAAGCAGAUGGCCAGGUACAGGCGCGAGGAGCUGAGAAUCCAGGCCUGGGAGAAUCGCGAGCGGCGGAAGGCCGAGCUGCGAAUGAAGACGACAGAGGUUACGGCGGAGAGGAGGAUGGUGCGGGCGCAGGAGAAGGCGGCGGGGAAGCUGGCCGCGGCGCAGGCGGUGGCCAAGGAGAAGCGCGCUCGCGCCGAGGCCAAGCUGGGCCGGCGCGCCGUGAAAGUCGGCGGGGGCUCACCGGGCUUGCCGUCCAAACUGAAAUUGCUCUCGCUCAAGCUGCCGCUAUUGUGCAGCUGA